AUGAACGGUAUUAUCAAAAGUGGUUGUUUGGUCCGAAUUGAUCAAUAUCAUCGCAGAGCCGAGGUACAGGGACGUGGAGUGUGCAGAAGAAUUUGUAAGAAAUCAAAUAAAAAACUGAAGAUACUUGAAGCUAUAUUUUGCAAGAAGAAAGCAACAACACAGAUCAGAUACGAUUUCUCAAUUAAGAACUGUUCGCAAAUACCCAAACAACAUCAACUGUGUCUUAUCCGAAACAUUAGUUACAGUAACUCAUCAGAUGCUUUCCCCGUGCAACUUAAACUUCAUCGAUGUCGAAAACGCCUAACUGUGUAA